GUUGGGACUUUCAACAAAGUUAUUGGGAAAAGAAAGCAAAAAGGAAAAACUUUAAAAGAAAAUCCUGCGAGACUUUCUGCGAAUUUGAAUCAAGACCCGGUUUACUCGUUUCUUUUGGUUGCUCUGUCUUUUCUUGUUUUCCUGAAUUGCUGCGGUGAAUUCUUCUCAGUAUAGAAUCUUGAGAGAGGAAAGAAGAAGGAAGUAGUAGCAGUUACUCUGAGAAAGGUUUCUUACGCGGAGUAAGGAAAGAGAAAAGAAAGAAAGAAGAGCGCGACGGGUACGGUCAAUCAUGGCUCGGAGCGCGAAAUUUAUAAAGGGCGGGAAAGCAUUGCCGGCUGGAAGCAAGAAGCAGGCAGUUAAUGGCUCUACUACGGCAGCGGUGAAGAAGAAUGGGAUAAGUAAGGUGGAGGAGGAGGAGAAGGAUGGGGAUGGUGCAGUCAACGACGACGAGGAGAAUGGACAUGAUGAACGAAGCUCGGAUUUCGAGGAUAUAGACGACGAUGAGGAAGAUGCGUCGACACCGAAGAAGCAAGAGAAUGGUCAUUCAGAACCUACCUUGUCCAGCAAACAGCCGACGACUUCGCACGCCGACGCAACGCAAUCGCCAUCGAAAUCCUCGCCCAGCAUCGACGAACUACGCGAGCGACUUGCGCAGAAGAUCAAGAAUCUCCGCGCGCAGCGGAAGGCGCCGGGGAGCGGGACACCGGGGGCGCCGCUUAGUCGGGAUCAGAUACUGAAAGCGAGACAGGCGAAGGAGGCGCAUCGGAAGGAGAAGGAGGCGUUGAAGCGGAAGCGGGCUAGUGAAGAGGAAGGGUCGACUGAUCUGGUCAAGAAGGAAGAGAGUGUUGUGGCUGUGAGCAAAGCUCCGAAGGUGGAGGAAGACAUCGACACAUCUGGCGCGAUGUUUUCAAAAGUCUUGCUGGACACCGGCGAUGAAGUUUCUGCCGCGGGUGAAAUCAAGCCGAAGAAGCGCAAGAAAGGACCUUCGGAUCUGCUAGGACAGCUGAAGCACGUCGAGGCGAAGAAAGCGCGGAUCGCGAGCAUGGACGAAGAGAAGCGGAGGACGAUCGAAGAGAAGGAGAAGUGGAAGCGUGCGAUCAAGCAAGCGGAGGGAGAGAAAGUGCGUGAUGACGAGGUGCUGCUGAAGAAAUCGCUAAAGAAGCAGUUUAAGCAGAAGAAGAAAUCGGCGAGGGAAUGGAAAGAGCGCGAGGAGAAUGUGCAAAAGGGAAUUCUAGCGCGGCAAAAGAAGAGAGAGGAAAACAUCGCGGCAAGGAGAGAACAGAAAGCAAAGGGCGGAUCGAAGAAGAAGUCAAAGUCUUCGGGUCUGAAGAAGAAGAAGAAACGGCCUGGGUUUGAAGGCGGGCCGAAGAAAGGGUCGGGGGGUAAAAAGUAAAUAAGCAUUGAAUAUUCAUGGUCGAGGUGUAGGCAUCAUUUUUAAUGUA